GGGAGACUGGGUACCCCUCUAGGCGCCAUUUUGGUUUGAAAGAUUUUUGCAAACAUAGAGAACUCAUAAAUACGUCUAAAAAAACAUGAAUGGGGCCAUAGACGAACCAGAACUAUUAACAGAAAUCCCUCCAGUCCUUAAAAGGCUAGCUAAAGUAGUAGUACGUGGGUUCUACGACACAGAACAGGUUGCCAUCAUCAAUGUUCUUACGAACGCCAAACACCCUUGUGUGAAAGAAGACGAUCUUAUGGAUUUAGUGAGAUUUGACAAAAGGCAGUUAAGACAAGCCCUAGUGCGUCUAAAAAACGAUAAACUCAUCAAGCAGAGAAUACACAAAGAAAAGGCGCCAGACACUGGGAUGACUCUUACUUUUAACUACUAUUUCAUAAACUUCAAAGUGUUCGUCAAUGUUGUCAAGUAUAAAUUAGACCAUGUGAGAAAGAAAAUCGAAAGCGACGAAAAGCAAGCCAAAAACAGACCAUCCUUUGUGUGCUCUGAGUGCCAUAAUAAAUAUUCAGACCUAGAAGUGGAUCGAUUAAUUGACAUGACCACGGGGUUGUUGAAGUGUACGUACUGUAGUGGGACAGUUGAAGAAGACACGUCAGAGAUACAAGAAGGCAACAACAAGAGAACGUCACUGGCGAAAUUUAACGAGCAAAUUGAGCCAAUAUUCAAAUUGCUACGUGACUCAGAGAAUAUCAAUCUAGCCGACGCCAUCUUGGAACCUGAACCAGAUCUGACAUCAAUAAACAAACAUGUGUCCCAUAGUCACAUCUCAGGACAUGCCUCCAGGUCAGGGUGGGCCAGUGAUCGCUAUGGUAUGGAAGCUACCGACUUAGGGAUUAAGAUCAGUAUGGGAGCUGAGGAUGAGGCUGGCGCAGCUAACAAGAGGGUAAAGGAAGCACCAAUCUGGAUGAAACAAAGUACCGUCCACUCCGCCCCAGAGGCAGUGGCUCAGGCUGCUACACCCAAUGACGCCAGCACAUCAGAAAAACAUGCACUUGAUCACAGCACUGAGGAUGAGGUCCUAGCAGAUCUCUUAGCUCAUGAGUCUGUUGCUAAGAAACCAAAGUUGGAUAUCAAGGCAGCAUUAGGUGAAGACGAGAAUUCCAGCUCUAGUGACUCAGAUAGCGAGAAGGCGAGCAAUGCUACUGCCCCUACCCAUGACAAAGUCACAGAUUUCAUGGAUGCCGCUGAUAGUGAUGACGAGGAAGAAGAACACAAGAUUAAGGUGAAUGGAAAAGUGGUGGCUUUGGGUGACGUAACAGAUGACAUGAUGAAAUUAAUGUCACCAGAAGAGGAAGAAGCAUACCACAAAGCCUUCGAACAAGCAUACAGCCAUAUGUACUAGUAUUAUGAUAAAAAAAAAAUACCAUGAAGCCUUUGAACAAGCAUACAGCAAUAUGUACUAGUAUUAUAAUAAAAUAAUACCAUGAAGCCUUUGAACAAGCAUACAGCCAUAUGUACUAGUAUUAUGAUAAAAAAAAUACCACAAAGCCUUUGAACAAGCAUACAGCCAUGUGUACUAGUAUUAUAAUAAAACAUUACCACAAAGCCUUCGAACAAGCAUACAGCCAUAUGUACUAGUAUUAUAAUAAAAUAAUACCACAAAGCCCUUGAACAAGCAUACAGCCAUAUUUACUAGUAUUAUAAU